GCCUCAGGAGUUCGCGCGUCUGUACUCGCAAUAGGCGGGAAAGAGUCUCUCCUGUUUUUGUAACCUAAAAACCUCCAAAACCUCAAUUCCAAAAUCUGACCCUCUUAUUGAAUCUUAACUUUCACCUGCAAUAUAUCAUUAACUAUCAAUGGGUAUUAAGGGUUUAACGAAGCUAUUGGCGGACAAUGCCCCGAAAGCCAUGAAAGAACAGAAAUUUGAGAGCUACUUUGGACGCAAGAUCGCCAUUGAUGCCAGCAUGAGCAUCUACCAGUUUCUUAUUGUGGUGGGAAGAAUUGGGACUGAAAUGCUAACUAAUGAGGCUGGCGAAGUUACUAGUCAUUUGCAAGGCAUGUUUACUCGGACAAUCAGGCUUCUCGAGGCUGGAAUAAAGCCUCUUUACGUGUUUGAUGGCCAGCCUCCAGACUUGAAAAAGCAAGAGCUUGCAAAGCGUUACUCAAGAAGGGCAGAUGCUACUGCAGAUUUGGCUCAAGCUGUGGAGGCUGGCAACAAGGAAGACAUUGAGAAAUUCAGUAAGCGGACAGUGAAGGUGACAAAGCAGCACAAUGAAGACUGCAAAAGACUUUUAAAACUCAUGGGAGUACCAGUAGUUGAGGCUCCUUCUGAAGCAGAAGCAGAGUGUGCUGCACUUUGCAAAUCAGGGAAGGUUUAUGCUGUUGCAUCUGAGGACAUGGAUUCCUUAACUUUUGGAGCUCCUAAGUUUCUUCGCCAUUUGAUGGAUCCCAGCUCAAGAAAAAUCCCAGUUAUGGAAUUUGAAGUCUCAAAGAUUUUGGAGGAAUUGAACCUUAGCAUGGAUCAAUUCAUUGACCUGUGCAUCCUUUCUGGAUGUGAUUAUUGUGAUAGCAUCCGAGGAAUUGGCGGGCAGACUGCCUUGAAACUCAUUCGUCAGCAUGGUUCUAUAGAGAACAUAUUGGAGAACAUAAACAAAGAGAGGUUCAGGUAUCAAAUACCAGAGGAUUGGCCAUAUCAAGAGGCUCGACAUCUUUUUAAAGAACCAAUUGUCCUUGCUGAUGAAGAGGAGCCUGAGCUUAAGUGGAGUUCCCCAGAUGAAGAGGGGCUGAUUAAUUUCCUGGUGAAUGAAAAUGGUUUCAAUAGUGAUCGGGUGACAAAGGCAAUAGAAAAAAUUAAAGCAGCUAAGAACAAGUCAUCACAGGGCCGACUGGAAUCAUUCUUUAAGCCAGUUGCCAACUCAUCUAUACCUAUUAAACGGAAGGAAACACCGGAUAACAAUGCUAAAGAAACUAGUGCCAAGAAGUCCAAGGCUGGAGGUGGUAAGAAGAAGAAAUAGCUAUUUGGCAUUAGAGCCUCAUCAACGCAUGGAUGGUAAUCAGUUAAGAAGUGUGACAUAUGGCAAUUUAUUUGCCUGCAUCAUUUUCUCUGUGGUGUGGGAAUUCCAAGUUCCAUUUUGUUUUAUGCAUGUGAAGGGUGUUUAAGCGAGUAACGGCUGCCGUUUGAUGCCAGACAUGUUAUUGAACAAUGUCAUAUUUCCUAUUCAGUACAGUCAAUAUUUAUCGAUUUAGCAGUUUCUGCAUCAGACAUCUUUCUCAUGCCCAGGAUGCAGGGAAUGCACGCUGAUUUAUGUUCAUUAAUACUUUAUGUAAGUAUCAAUCUGGAAAAUUGCAAGGUGUAUAAUGAUUUAAUCUUUUUAGAUUUGUGGAUCUUUUAAUUGAUUAAUCUGAAGAGUUUUGCUUCUGCUA